UUGUCUUUAUAUACUUGCUUCACCAUCGUCCCCAACCCCCCUUUGUUACCGUACGUUUCUGCUGGUGCGCCUUGGCUAGCUAGAAUUCAUUAACAAACCAGUAUACUUCGAUUUCUUCAACAAGUACAUUGAGCUAGCUAGCUACGCACCUAGCUAGAUCAUAUGGCUACGGCAAAUUCGAUUUCGAUUGCGAUGGUACCUUUCUCAUCUACUAUUACUACUUUCCUUCUGAUCAUGCUAGUCAUGCAUUCAGCUACUGUUUCAGUAGCCAUGGAAUCGUCCACAGAUAGUACUAAUUCCACUGCAAUAGUACUAGAAUCCAAAGACCAAAUAACCAGCUGCACAAUGUGUGACGAGUGCCCCAACCCGUGCCCUGUGCCAUCAUCACCACCACCACCACCACCAGUUGUUGAAUGCCCACCACCACCAUCACUGCCACCGCCAUCACCACCAAUUGUUGAAUGCCCGCCACCACCAUCACUACCACCGCCAUCACCACCAGUUGUUGAAUGCCCGCCACCACCAUCACUGCCACCGCCAUCACCAGCACCAGUUCCGGCUCUCCCUGAAUGUCCACCACCACCAGCACCUGCGUCUCCUUGUCAAGGAACUUGCUCGUACUCCCCUCCAGGUGUGCCAGCAUUAAUCCCGAAUCGUCCACCACGUCAACCAUAUGUACCUAAUCCUGGCAAUUCAAUAUUCCCCCCAAACGUUAAUCCCGUAUAUUAUUACGAUCCGCCAAAACCUGAUUUCUCUAAAUCCGUUGAUAUGCAGUACUCCACGACCGUUACCUCUAUCUUUGUCUUCUUUAGCACUAGUUUCCUAGUUAUUUGCUUCUUCUAGUCAGCUAACUAGCUCUAAUUCGAUCAGUCCAUCUCUCCAGUCCAGGUAAUCGUUAUUUCACGGCUGUUUGACCGACCGAGAUGCAUAUUUAUGUCUGCACGACUCUGUAUUCACUAAAUGUAUUCUGUGAUUCUUUGAAGUAGUAGUCAGAUUGAUCUCUAUGCAUGCUGCAGACCCCUUUGGGAUGGACUCAUGUAUCUGGCAAAAGAAGAGAAUGAAUAAGGCCUCGCUCCCAGCUAGCUAGCUAGCUUCAUGGCCGGUGUACUUCCAUUAAAUUAUGUUGGUGCUUGCUCGUCGUACGCAACAUUCUAUUUUAAUGUUAAUUGUUGUAGCAUAAAAAAAUAAAUUAAAUUUAACUUUUUUGUGUAAUAAGAGCUAAAUUCUUAAAACAAUAGUUCAAAUGAUGUUGUUUUUUCUUUA